AGCCCGCCGUGCCGGAUUUCUUGCUCGCGUCCCCAGACCCGUUCCCGCGCUGCUCUUGUUAACCGCCGCCCCUUGCCAACUGACGCUUGCUUGCCAGCCCCAGAACCGGCCCACUAAUAAACCGGCCCACUGAAAAACCGGCCGAAAACUGGCCCUCGUUUGAUCUGCCCCGCGCCCAGCCGGAGCCAGCCGCCCGCUGCCAACCACAAAACAACAAGACUCGACACAGCCCGCGCGGCCAUGACGACCCAGGUGCCGUUGAUCUACUCGUUCCCCGGGUUCGAGGGAGUGGCCGACGCCGUCGCCGACCACAUCAUAACCGCCCAGAACAACACGCUCUACAACACGUUGGACAAGGCCGCCAUCGCCGGCUUGAAGCUCGCGGCCGCCCUGCGCCCCUCCUUGCUGCAGAUGCCGUCGUCGGCCUCCAUACACGGCCACAGCAGAAGCAACAGCGGCGGGCUCGCCAACGGCGAGGGCUCGCGCCGCACGCCCAAGUUGAAGAAACGGUCCGAGUUGCGCUUCAAGAUCGCCAUCAGCGGCGGCUCGCUCAUCAAGAUCUUGCAUCAGGGCUUGUUGUCCCGGCAGGCCGAGGUCGAGUGGGACAGGUGGGACGUCUACUUUGCGGACGAGAGAAUGGUACCUUUCGACAGCCCGGACUCCAACUACGCCCAGGCCAAGCAGAUGAUCUUCGACUUGAUCGAGGGCGACAAGAAGCCCAACGUAUACCACAUUGACGAGCUGUUGAUCAGUGAUCCUCAAGAGUGCGCGGACGCCUACGAGAAGCUACUCAUCGACAACUUUGCCAAGAAGGACUCCGUCAAGUUGCCCAUGUUCAACUUGUUGCUUCUUGGCUGUGCGCCGGACGGCCACAUUGCGCUGCUCUUUCCGAACCACGGCGAGCAGUUGCGGGAGGACUUGGCAUGGUGCAUGCCUGUGUCGAACGCGCCUCUGGGCCCUGAAAACAGAAUCACCCUCUCGAUCCCCGUCAUCUGCCAUGCCCAGCGUGUUGCGUUCGUCGUGGAGGGGUUGACCAAGGCCCCCAUCAUGAGAAUCAUCAUGGAGAGACCCGAGAAGGGCUUGCCCAGCUCAAUUGUCAACGAGGGAGCGGCGGGCAAGGUGUCCUGGUUUGUCGACGAUGACGCCUUGAACGACUGCUACGACAUCACAAAGAAGAAGUACAAUUUGAUGACGUUUGGGGACCGACCUGUCAGCGCUAUACUGUGGGAACAUGUUUCUUCAUGCUGCAAAUUCCAUUCCCCGGUGGUUGCACGCCGUGCGGCUUGGCCCUGGAGUAUGAACCAAAUUACGUAUGUAACAUAAUAUUACCUUUUUAUACAUCCUACUUGGGCAAUGUAGCGUACCUGACUGCUUGGCCCGUUCUUCGAGUGGAACAGUGGCGACAGCGAACAACUGGCAUGCUAGUUCCACGCUAUAUCCACAUACCCACCCCAGAAUCCCAACAAAGUAUGAAACCAUCGAUUCUCUGGUGCUCUGUUCUAGGGGCAUCGCAAAAAACGAGUCCAGAAAAAAAUGGAUUGAGUGGGAAGCUAGGAUGGUGUAUGAUCUCAACUGACACUUCUUCAAUUCAGCAAAAUUGCAUUUCACUCUGUACUCUGUGGUUUUCUUCAUGAAAUACAAGC